UGUGAAGAUGGCGGACGAGGAGGCCGAACAGGAUCGUAGUCCUGCCAUCGGUAUCAGUGAAACGACUGAGGAACUUAAAAAACGUUUGCAAGAAUUGCAAGAAAUCUUGAGUAGAGAAAGCAUCGACUCUCCAGAAGAAUCAUCUUCGAAGUAUUGUCAAGAGUUUUGUGGGACAUUGUUGGAGUAUGCAGGUCGGUGGAGGGUGGAGGAGGAGCCUUUGCCUCUGGUGAAAGUGUACACGGUGGCCCUGGUGAAUUAUGCCCAUGCUUCUCCAUACCUCUCUCUGCAGUGUGAAAAUGUUUCUCUUGUGGUUGAGAGACUCUCACUGAGUUUCCUCGAGCUUUUACUCUCACUGAAGGAUAUUCCACAUGCCGUAUGGAACGAGUUGAAGUCAUGUGUUCAGUUUGCUCACAGCAAGCUUAAACAGAAUGGAAUCGCUCAGCUGUCCCCGUUGUCUGCUUUGGGCGAAUAUGACGGUGUUUGGUCCAACAGGACGCUGCAAGGCCUUCUGUCCAAUGAAAACCUUCCUACAGAACAAGUUGAGCAAUUCCUAGCACAGGAGGGAAUCGUACUGUUGGGGAUGAGAGUGAAGCAGCUGAUGAAGGAGAAGCAGCUAGAGAAGGCUGCACUGCUGGCAAAGACCUGCUGCCAGUCCUCAGCCUUCCAAGUGAACGGAUCCUUCAAGCAGCUGUAUCUUGUGUGCCUCUGUGGUACUGCAGAGCAGAAUCAGCUUAUGGAGGAGCUUUCAAAGGAGGACUGCCGUGAUGCAUUAGAGAUGAUUUGCAACCUAGAGUCUGAGGGAGACGACAAUGCAGCUUUCAGUUUAUGCUCGGCCUUCCUGACCCGGCAGCUUCUCCAAGGAGACACAUACUGUGCUUGGGAACUCACACUGUUUUGGAGCAAGCUGCUGAAGCGAUUGGAACCAUCAGAGCAGGCCUUUCUUGACAGAUGUCGCCAGAUGUCUUUAUUGUCAAUUACUGUGUACCACAUCCUGUUCCUCAUCAAGGUUAUUCAGUCAGAGAUUGACCAUGUUGGCCUGCCAGUGUGCAUCGAAAUGUGCAUCAGGGCUCUACGGAUGGAAUCAGGUGAUGGGAACAGUAAAGCCACUGUGUGUAAAACAAUUUCCUGUUUGCUUCCAUCUGACUUGGAAGUGAAGCGAGCCUGUCAGCUGACAGAGUUCCUCCUAGAACCCACUGUUGAGUCUUACUAUGCUGUGGAGACUCUUUAUAAUGAACCUGAUCAAAAACUAGAGGAGGAGGAUUUGCCGGUUCCCAACUCGCUGCGAUGUGAACUCUUGCUAGUGUUAAAAACUCAGUGGUCCUUUGACCCAGAAUUUUGGGACUGGAAAGCGCUAAAGCGUCACUGCUUGGCACUAAUGGGCGAAGAAGCUUCCAUAGUGUCAUCGAUUGAUUUGCUGAAUGAUACAGAGAGCCCUGAAGAAGAGGAGGACGUCAUGAGCCUAAGGGGGUUUAAUAAUGUUCCAGACCACUUAGUUACUGGCACCUACGAACUCAAAGAUGUUACAGACAAGAAACAGAAAAACCGAGAAAUGAAGAAACUGAGAGAAAAAGGUUUUAUAUCUGCCAGGUUCAGAAACUGGCAGGCCUACAUGCAGUACUGUGUGCUGUGCGACAAAGAGUUUCUCGGCCAUAGGAUUGUACGACACGCACAGACUCAUCUAAGCAAGGGAAUGUACACCUGCCCAAUAUGUGCUCAGACAUUUACCUCAAAAGACACAUUAAUUCCCCAUGUAACAUCACAUGUGAAACAAUCGUGCAAGGAAAGGCUGACUGCACUGAAAACAAGCAAGAAACUGGCUAAUCCCAAAACAGCUGCCCCUGUUAUUGCAGCCUUUGAGUCCAAAACGCAGCACAAUCUUUCUGUAAAUGGUGACCCCUUAGGGUGUAACGGGGGGUUGGCUUACAAGGGUCAGACCAGUGUGGCUAGGUUUAACGUGGAGUGUAGUGAGGACAACAUGUGCCCUGUUGGAAAAUGCAGGAGGAGCUUCAAAUUUUUCAAAAAUCUUAUUGCACAUGUCAAAGCUCAUGGGGAUAAUGAGGAAGCAAAGACUUUCCUUGAGAUGCAGAGCAAAAAGGUUGUUUGCCAGUACUGCCGUCGCCACUUCAUUAGUGUCACUCAUCUUAAUGAUCACUUGCAGGUCCACUGUGGUGUAAAGCCUUACAUCUGCAUACAGUUGAACUGCAAGGCAAGUUUCUUGUCCAACACUGAGCUCCUAAUACAUAGGAAAACACAUUCUGUGUUUAAAGCUAAAUGCAUGUUUCCAAACUGUGGAAAAAUUUUCAAUGCAGCCUUCAAACUGUAUGACCACGAGGCACAGCAUUAUAAAACUUUUACCUGUAGAGUUGUGGACUGUGGAAAAGUAUUCCAUUCACAACAGCAGCUGGAUUUACACCAGGACAGGCAUGUGACUCAAGAAGAGGAAAACCAGUCCUCUGAACAGACCCUACAAAAUGGGCAACCUAGCCCUUCACUCGCUGAGCAAAUGCAACAGGAGAACUGGAGCACUGAAAUAGAGAGUGUUGAUCAAGAUCGUGGACGGCUGCCGGUACCCACUGAGACUUUGCUGACAUCUUCACAAGAACCUGUGGACACAUUAAAACAAUAUACAAGCGAACAUGAAGACACAGCUUUUUCAAGCAGUCAUACACACAAUUUAAGCAAUUCUGUGAUUCAGUCUGUCUGUUCCAGCUUGUCUGAAACUCAAAGAUAUAGAGAUAAUUUGGCUGAUUAUCAAAGAGUGCCCCAACAGAAUCAGUCCGUACCUUCAUUUGAAGCCAGUUUAAAUAAUGUCUUACAUAGCCAACCGCAGAUGUUCUCUAAUAUUCAGAAAACUGAUUCAGUUAAUUACAACUCUAACUUAAAUUUGCCAGUACAGCAAGAGCCACCGUCUACUAGCAACUCCUUAACAGUACAGCUGCCUCACAACUCUGUAGAGCCUGCAGUUUUGCAGCCACUCCCUCCAACAGUAAGUCCUCAGCAGCUAGCUGGGAACAGAGCGGACAACUCUCCAGAACAGAGAGAGCGAUUUCACUGCGCAUUAGAAACAUGUCCGAGGCAUUACAGCUCCUACAGGAGUGUCACCAAGCACAUGAAAGCGGUUCACCCAGAUUUCUAUGAACAAUGGAAAGUUGCUCGAACUAACAUCAAAACAACCUAUGCUCCAGCACAGAGCAAAUCGUCUGUGGAGCAUCUCAGUUCAGUCUCGCAGCUUCAGAACCAGCAAAAGAGUAGAGUAACAAUUCAUGGAGUUCAGAGACAGAACGUUAUCCAAUCACCUCCUUAUACCAACAUGGGUAACAGUUUAAACUAUUCUGACCUGCACUCGCUUUCUUCACCAGGCCUCACCCAUAAUGGUUCGCUGCUAAUGGCAAAUGUUUUGAAUCCCAUUGUUCUCUCUCAGUUAGGGAGCAAUAGAAAUCCCACAAUAGAACACCCUCAAGCUUCAGGCAGUCACAGUUGGCAUCCAGUUGCUGGAAGCGAACAAGUUCAAAACUGUGGUUCUUCUCAAGUCUAUCCACCUAGCCUGCAAGCGAGCCUGCAAAUGACUCCUAAUAGUGCUGUUGUGCCGCUUGGUGUUCCAUCCUGUUCUGUGAUGGGAUCAGUUACGGAGAGACCAGCAGAGUCCUUGCAGUCACCACAGAACAGUAGGCCCCAGCCAGUUCGUCCCUCGUACGUGAAUGGUGCCAAGGAAGUGUCGGAACAAACUGAUGCCUGUCCAUCAUAUUCAUCACAGAUUCAAAGCAGUUUAGCCCCUGGUGCCAAGAUACCUGAACAAACAAAAACUGUGCAAAAUCAUCUACAGAUGAAUUUUCCUUCUGCAAACAACGAAAUCCAAAAGAGUAGUACGGUCCUACCUAUAAAUGGCCCCAUUGUCGCCGAAGAUGAGGUGCGACGCAGAAAAAACAAAAGGAUUAAAUGGCCAGCGAUUAUUAAGGAUGGGAAAUUUGUUUGUCGGAGGUGUUUUAGACAGUUUAAUAGUCCUAAAUCCCUCGGAGGCCACUUGUCCAAACAAACAACUUGCAAACCCUACGGUGAUUCAGAACUGAAUGCAGAUUUGCCAAGAUCAUUCCUUGAUCUUAAUUCAGAUCAAACAGUUGGCACCCCUCAACUUUCUUAUAACCCUGCUGCUGUGUACCAGGAGAAACAUCAUCAAUCUGUAACAAGUGCUUCAGCAGCUACAAAAGAUUACCCCACACGUAAUUAUCCACCAAAUAACUUGCAGACAUAUGGCAGCAAUGAGGCAAAUGAUGAUAUUCUUAAACAAAUUAUGACUGAAUCCAACAUGUCUGAUCUCUUUGUGCACACACCUACCCCACAGACAAUGUUCCAAAACCCCUGUGUUCCCCUAGGAGCUGGUGAGCGUUUGAUAGGUGGCUCAGUAAUACAGCACACAGAAAAUGUUCAGGUGAAGCAAGACGGCUCAUACAGUUCAGCCCAUUAUCCUCAGCCAAGUAUGGAUAUAUUUGCUGGAACAGAAUUCCCAGACCCACUGUUUUCACAAAUCCUCACAGAAAACCCUUCUGCGGCUGUCCCCAGAUCUGUCCCUAAAAACGAGACUCCUGCGGAGAUCCACAAUGAAGGAUAUCAGUCUGACACUAUCCACACACCAGAUCCAGAUUUAAACUCAGUGACACACACACUGAUACCUGAAAAUCAGCUUAGUCCAGCAGCAAUAAGUAGCAGUCAGAUUGAGGUGCAGAGAAAAGCUUUUGACCAAGGCAUUAAAAAGAGACUGCGUGAGCAAAUUUUGGCUGGCGACUUGCAGCGUCGGAACAGCAUGUGUAACUCCUCCGACGCUGAUGCUAAAGCCAUAUCGCUCGAUCCAGCAGGUACCUCUUCCAAUAAUUCUGGAUAUAAUCCAUUGUCUAAUGAUGCAAAGACAGAUUUUGUUAGUCAAGGGCAAGUUAUUGAAGAAAAUUCUGUAGUUAUGCCACAGACCUCUGAUGAAAUUGAACUAUUGCUGAACACACAAAGUUUUACUUGUUUCAGAGAUACUGUUAUACCACAACAGGAGGUACUAAGUCCCAGAGUCAUUGUGGCAAAUGAUCCAGAGCCUGAACCAUACCAACUGUCAGCCAGCCAACAGCAGUACAUGACUGAAAUUCAGAGUGCAUUUGAAAGGCUCAACUUGGUCAGAGAAGUUGCUGAUCAAAUGUCAAAUGUUUCUGUGCAGCAAGCUGCAAACAACCAGACCAAAUGUGCAAAAGUCAAACCGCGUAAAUCAAUUUCAUCAGCCUUGAUUAAGCCAUUUGCUUGUGAGAAGGAGGACUGCACCUUUAGUUCCAUUUCCAGUGAAGCACUGUGGAAACACCUCUCAAAAACCCACAGCUACACAAUUGAGAUGGUGAAUGUGGUUAAAAAAAGAUAUGGCCUAUAUGCUCCUUUUAAAUGUCAGAAAUGUAGUAAGGCAUUCACUCGAAACUCAAACCUCAGAGCUCACUACCAGUCAGCUCACAAAUUAUCAGCUAAAGAAAUUGCGGAUUUAGAUUUGAAGCGCAGGCUGGCCAAAGAUGCUGCGUCCGCUGCUAUUCAAAACCAACCUGUGGGUAUAAACUCUGCUCCAGAGGCUCGGUACAACACGACAGUGGAGAACGGGACACAUGUGUGUCCGCUCAAAGAUGCCACAAAACAGGAUUACCCAUCACAGGUGCUGGGGCCCUGCACUAACACAGUCAUAACGAAUACCAAGUUUCAGCAAGACAUUCGCUCCACAGUGAUCUGUCCUUUGCAAGCAGCUCACAUGCAUAACCAACCAGUGACUCCUUCAAGACAGGCACAGACUUCAACUACGUCCUUCCCAUCAGUAAAAGCAGCAGAACAAUGGUUACAUGAACAGCAAAGAAACUUGCCUGUUCAGCAUCCAGUGGUUGGCGACUCCUUACCUACAGUGUCACCUUUGCUCACCCAGGCUCUCUUGGCCACAGCUCAGGCUAAGGAGCCACAGUCCUCCAACAAUCAUUCAGCUUUCAAUAGGCACUCAAUAGGUCAGCCAAGUAUAGAUGUUACAAAGAAGACUAAAGAGAGGAAGCCCAAGUUAGGUGAUGCAACGAGUCCAUACAGACCAUAUCGCUGUGUUCAUCAAGGCUGCGUGGCAGCUUUCACUAUCCAGCACAAUCUGAUCCUCCACUACAGGGCUGUUCACCAGUCUGCCCUGUCGGCACUGGAGGUAAACAAAGAGCAAGACCAGUCUGAGGCUGCGAAUGAACUGGACCACGAGGAUGAGCCAGAGGCAGAGUUCCCUCAGGUUUCUGAGUUCAGAUGCCAAGUCAAAGACUGCUCCCGUGUUUUCCAACAAGUACCCAACCUCUUUCAGCAUUAUGUCCAGCUCCACGAAUUUAGUCUAGAUAAAGUUGGCAGUCUGUUGUCCAGCGUCAGACUCGGCAAGUUUGCUUGUGGCCAUCAAGGAUGUAAGGAAUCCUUCACUGCUUUCAGGAGUUACGUAGGUCACGUCAAAGAUGAGCACAAAGAUAUAAAGCUGGCCAAACCAGAACAUUUAAAUGGUUCUUUCAAGUGUGAAAUUGAAGGCUGUGACCGUUCAUAUGCCACAAAGUCAAAUCUGAUCAGACAUAUCAUGAAAAAGCAUCAGGAUCUGCACCAGUCUAAAUUAAAGAGUCAACAAAUAAAAGAUGGCGCAAAACAGACUUCAAAGACAUUGCAUUAUCAAAUUACUAAGACAAGUAACGGGAAAGAAAACAUUGAAACCAAUAAAAAGUUUUUGAGAGCAAGUGACACAAAGAGGGCUAGCAAGUCAAAGAACAAUCACUGGGUUAAAUAUGGAAAACCCUCGCUGAAAUCUAAACUGGAGGCGUCCGCUUUGUGCACGAAGAAAUUACCUCUGCAGUACCCCUGCAUGAUCAAAGGCUGCGAGUCUGUAAUGAAGUCAGAGCGGAGUAUAAUGAAGCAUUACAUUGGCCACGGACUUUCAGAAAAGUACCUGGAACAGCACAGAAGUCACUUUAUCUUCUGCAAAAAGUUUCCGCGGCAGAAGUGUCGCUCAAUCAGGAGUGACGACUCCAAAUCUGACAACACCUCAGACAUGUCAGACGUCGAGACGGCUGCAGACGCCAGCCUGGAGGGCAGAGAGUAUGGAUGCUCAAAGCCGGUCCUACGCAGAAGGGCUGCAGCAGGGAUCCCUGUAGCAUUGUUUGACAGCAAAUUAUCAAAUGAUGGGAUCUCUGAUGGUUCUGUGAUACUUAAACGCAAGCGAGGGCGUCCACGAAAAUACAUUGAAAAAAUUGUGAAACGCAAGAAGAUUCCACAUCCAACCAAGGCGGACGUGGUUUACAGCCGGGACAAUGAAGCUGUCUCCUCAUGUCCUGCUGUAAUGCAGGACGAGAGGACUGAGCAGAGCGUGCCGCUGGCUUCUUUUAAACCAAUGGGAUUUGAAAUGUCCUUCUUAAAAUUCCUAGAACAGUCGAAUAAAUCUGAGCACCCGUUGAUGAAGAAUGUCUCGGAGGCAGUAAAGUGCAGGCAUCCGUUCAGCCUGAGUACCAAAGGCAACUGUGUCAGGUUCAGCAACCGUCAGAAUCUGAAAUCACUGAGCAAGGUGAAAAUAAACCUGGACACGGCCUUUUCAUCGUCUGUCUCUGACCUGAUGUUAAAACAGCUGCAGGACAUGCGUCCUGCUGUGUUGUUAGAAAAAUAUAAUUAACACUUUUUUUCCUUUUUUUUUUCUUUUGGAAGCAGAAUCUCAGGAUUUGAAUGAGUAAAAUCUGCUGCACACUGGUGGCCCUACAUGUAAAAUGUUUUUUUUAUACAUCCAUCUAUAAACACCUGUUACCUGUACAUGGUUGUCUAUUGUUUUUUAACUAGAAAGAUGUAAAGCAUGUUUUUAAAUACAAAAAAGAACAUUUGGGUUUAGUAGAAAUAGGACAUCAGUUUAGGGUGUCUUGAUUAUCCCUGUGGAACUUGGAGAUUGGUGGACUGAAAUUGACUGUGUAGUUUGUGGUUGAAGAUGUUUGUGUCGUGUAUAGUUUGAAAUUACCCACUGCAGCCAGCAGCCCAAUUUUUUUUUCUUUUUUUUUUGUAACAUAUGUGUGUUGGGGGUGCAAAAAAUUGAUGCCUUUCAUGAUGUAAUGUCUGGAGCUCCUGCAUGCACACUGAUGAUAAUGAUUUUGUGGAAAGGUUUUUUGAAUGACAAACAGAUGUUCUCAUAUUAAAUAUUCA